AUGCCAAGCCUAAUUACCGCAAAGCACUUCAUCAUGGACAGAGAUGACAAGAAGCGAAACAAGAACAUUGGAAAGAACUUCAUGUGCAGGCUCCAGUGCAUGUUCUCACACUCAUCAAGCGCUGAGAGCAGGCUAACUUUAGAAGAUACCCAACAAUGGUCACAGUCUUUGGAAAGGCUUCUGGAUUCAAAAUAUGGAUUAGCUGCAUUUCGCAACUUUCUGAAAUCUGAAUACAGUGAUGAGAAUAUUGAAUUUUGGCUCACCUGUGAGGACUACAAGAAGAUCAAGUCUUCAUUCCGAAUGGCGUCAAAAGCCAAGAAAAUCUAUGAACAAUUUAUCAAAGCUGAAUCCCCGAAAGAGAUCAACAUUGACUAUCACACCCGGGAGCAGAUCAAAAGAAGCGUCAAAAGUCCCACCAUAUACUGUUUUGAUGAUGCCCAGAAGAUCGUUUAUGGGCUAAUGGAAAGAGACUCAUACCCGCGGUUUCUACGGUCAGACAUUUACAGAACUCUCCUCGAAAACCUUUCAGCUGAUGCCACAAAAGGAUGA